AUGGCAUCGGCCACCACCGGCAUGCUCAGUAUCAUGGCUCGGGCACGAGGCCGCAACCCACAGUUCCUCAAUCGUUCACUUCCAGAGGAUACGAAGCUGCCGCCUAUUGAAGCAUUUUCGUUCAAGAGCUUCCUCGAAAACCUCGACGAGCAAGAAAGUACAGCUAUGGGCAGCGAUAUCAAUGCAGACCUCGAUAGAAUAGCAGAGAUAUGCGCCAGGUCACGAUAUUCUUUGAGCAAUCAGUACGAAGUGCACUAUGGACCCCACGGCUCCGGCAGCGCAUUCAUCACAGGUGGCCAACAAGGACCAGAAAGCCAGGGACCGACCCUGCAAGCAGUCACGUCUGACGAUGAGACAAGCACGAGAACAGAGCGAAAAAGGCGGUUGGGCGCUCGCAGAAAUAGUCGGGCUAUGGGAACCCUGGAGACCAUCAUGUCAUCUAGUCGUUCGUCGGAAGAUGAUCACUCCAAAAAGAAGUCAGCCGCUGAACUCGCCGACGAUGUCCGGGGGCGAGCCUCGACCAAGAAUUCUCAUCAUACCUCGCCCACCGGAUCAACGGCCAGCGCACGAGAACGGCGCACGGCACCAGACCUCCCAAAGCAACGACCCGUCGUCAAGCGCACGACGUCAUCAUCCCUCGCGCUCAUCGACAAGGUCACGGUUGUCCCUUCCACCAGCGCCGAUGCAUCAACACCUCACAGACCACCUGUGGUCUCUCUUGUGGGUGAGCCUGCAUCUCCGCAGCCCUGCACCAGCCAACUGGAAGUACACACUGCCGGCUCGACCAUGGACACGACCACCUUCACAACCAAUGUCUCCGACCGCCACCUACAGCAGUCCCCGGCAGACAGGACACUACUUCGUCCCACCACCAAGGGCGCCGUAUCCUCGGUCGACGGCGCCACGGCGGCGGGCUUUCUCUCCACCCUCGCGGGCUGGAUACCGUGGAGCGCAAGUGCAUCGCUCGGCGCGGUCCUGCCCCCGGCACCCGCGCCGUCACAGGGUCGCGCCGCAGGCAGCCUGCGCAAUCUGCUGCAAAUGGCGGACGAUAGCUCCCAUCAUGCGCAGUGA